AGAAACAAUAUUUACUUCAAAAUUUUAAAAUACAGGAUAAAUAUUGCACAAAUUAUUACAUCAUACGUGUAUAACGAUUUGUUGUGGUCGCAAUAUAAAACUCUAUUAUGGGCAACUGGAAACUCGAAGUCGGAAGGAUGGCGAUGUAUAUGUCUUUUCCCGUGAUGUUGUUCCACUUCUUCAACCAGCCAACUUAUUUCGAAGAAUGGGUGACAAAUACUAAGAGACAAAUCUUCCCACCAGAAAGCAAAACAGAUCGGGAGGACAUACAGCAGCUCAUCGCGGACAUGAGGAAAAAACAAAUGCAAGCAUUUGAGAAGGAGUAAACGGACUAAGCAUACGGAUUAGACUUAAUAUAAAUAUUAGACUAUUGUGCAUAUUAUUACAAUAACGCCAUAAAGGUAAUUAAACACAAACUAAAUAUAACAAAUGAUUUAUUAAAACUUCA